AUGCCGCGGCAGAAUCCCUUCUCGUUUGAUCCAACAACUGUUAAAAGACUUCAAAAGCUUCUUGAGAAAGAUUCCCGCGAACAUAAUGAAAAGGUUGCAGCAAACGCCGAUCCGCUAGUCGAUGGGGUGGAGCCUAACGUCCUUCCUCUCGACGAUGUUAUGACAAAUAUCGGUAAAUGGGAUUUACCGGCCUUCGCCGUCGACAGAAUGGCCGAUUUUGUGAAUUAUUACGCUGAGUUCCAGGAUAGAAUCCGCGAGAUGACACGUGGAAAUAUCGUUGUCUGGUUACCCCAGUACGGGAGAUCAUUUAACGAGAAGUCUUGGGUGACAAGACCGACUCAAAUAGCGCGGUUUAUUGGUGGUGAAGAAUUAUUGAAUGAUACUGCUUGCGUGACUGUCGAUGGCAAGCUUUGGGAUUGCAAUAGGGUUCUAGUGAAGUCCUGCACUCUGUGCUUUGUGUCUUCAAGUACUCGUGAAGGAAAAGAGGUGAUAGCACACUCCUCAAUGCAUCUUCUUGGCCAGAUUUUGGAGCUCAGAUUUAACUGUCUUCUUUUCGGGUGGAAGAUUGAUGAAUAUGGACAGUUUUACCAUGAUAUUGCCCAUAGUAAAACGGUGAAUGGGCGAUAUAUCGCUGUCGAUGUCACCAAAGAAGAUUUAACCACUCUACAGACCAUUGCGGAAAUGGUGAUUAGCAAGAACUUCAGAUUCGAACGUGUUACCGUAAAAAAGGCCGAUCUCGCGAAAACGUUCAAAUACAGCGAAUACAGAGUGGAUCAGAUUGAAAACAUUCCAGAUGAUACCUAUGGUGCGGUUUACAGAUGCGGUGUUUUUAUUGAUCUAGAUCUGAGCGGCGUGCCACACGUUAGAGAGUCCAGUAUGCUUAAGGAGUUUGAGGUCAUAACGGAUGUUCCACUGAAGCCUCGACGAAUAGUAGGAGGGACUGUAACGCGCGUCUUCGGCAGGUCUAGACCUGUGGAGAAGAAAAGGUACUUAGGCUCUACAGACCAUACAGACGAGGAAACGGACUCGGGCUCUACAGACCAUGCAGACGAUGAAAGUUGUGCAGGUGUAGCUAUAGAGGAUGAAGUCUGCAAUACGGACGAUACGAUAAUACUGUCAUGA